UGCGGUCGGUCGCAUGUAUUUAGUCGUCACCGUUAGGCGCCAUAUUGGUUCUGCCUGAGCUUAAUUUUCAACUGUCAGGUUGUGAACAGAAAGACUCUCCUAAAAAAAAAUGCUCUCGAAAUUAAUAGGACAGAAAUAUGUCUCCAUUGGAAAGGCGUGGGUUCCCACGCUGGCUGUAUGGGGAGGCGUUGCAGGCAUUGGAGUCAUCCACUUUACAGACUGGCGACUGAUCCUGGACUAUGUGCCGUACAUCAAUGGCAAGUUCAAGAAGGACUAAAUGUGUGCGGAUUUCCAUGUCCAACGUUCUGCUGCUGGGAGAAAGAUCGACCCAGAGAUAACUGAAGAUUCAUGGCCACAGCUCUGCUGCAUGCACUGGGUUCAUCAACAUCUUUCUUUUAACAAGUGCUAAUGGAUAUCUGAUUUUCUUUUUUGGGACAGUCCAUCUUCCUGUUUCUGUUCUUGUUGUAAAUGUAAAAUAAAGCAAUUCUUGUGAUACAAAUAUGAAUUCUGGUAUGACGAUUUACAACACUGAACAUCUUGCUACAUUUGUAGAUUUGUUUCUUCUUACAGACUCAUUUCCCUGAAUAAACAAUCCAUUGUGAUUACUUACAA